GAAUGAGGAUGGCAGCUGUGCAUUGGACAGUGCCGCCGCGAUUGGCUGCGCAGCACCAGCCCGGCAAGCCCUCUUGAUCUCCUGGUAGUCUGGGAUGGCGCCACCGGCUGUGGAGUCGCAUUGGACGCCGCUGCUCGUAGCCUCCGUGUUACAGGGACGAUUUCGCGUGUCGACCAAGCUCAUCCAUGGAGGUGUGAGAUAUCUCGAGAAGUACGCACUGGACGAGCGAGCGCAGCUCAUCCAGAAUGCUCCACACCUCCGUCGAGUCCUUCGAGUUCUUCCCGACGGUUGCAAAGACAGCGGGCGAUGGAAAGAUGCUCAAAGGCACGGUGGUCUACUACGAUGGCCAAAUGGACGAUGCUCGCGUCAACGUUUCUCUGGCUUGCACGACGGCGCUGGCGGGAGCAGCGGUGCUCAACCACGCCGAGGCAACCGCGAUCAUCAAGGAUGAAUCCACUGGCCAAGUUGUGGGUGCUCGAGUCCGGGAUAAACUUAGUGGCACGGAAUUUGACGUCCAUGCAAAGGUCGUGGUGAAUGCCGGGGGACCUUUUGUGGACGAGCUGAGAAGAUUUGCGGACAAGGAGUCCAAGCCGAUGAUCGCUCCCAGCAGUGGCGUUCACGUCGUUCUUCCCGACUACUACUCGCCCGAGUCUAUGGGGCUCAUUGUUCCCAAGACGAAAGAUGGCCGGGUGGUGUUUAUGCUGCCAUGGCUGGGAAGAACGGUGGCUGGCACCACUGAUUCUAUUUCCCCUAUCACCAUGCUUCCGGAGCUGAAGGAAGAGGAGAUCCAGUUCAUCUUGGACGCCAUCAGUGACUACGUUUGUGUCAAGGUCCGCCGCUCUGAUAUUAUGUCCGCGUGGGGCGGCAUUAGGCCGAUCCGUCCGCGAAUGGAGACACGUCAAGCAUCUCCAGAGAUCACGUAAGCUGCGUGGAGCCUCACGGCAUGGUGACAAUCACCGGUG